AUGCUAAAAUUGCUAUUCAGGAGAAAUACGCUAAGAAGAUUUUCAACACCAAAAAACUUGCUUGAUAUAAAUAAUCUUAUCCUGUACAAUGGCAACGACUAUAUGGUUGUCGAAAAGGAGUAUGGAGUGUCUACAUUUGGAAAGAGUGAAAAAAAGCAAAGUAUAAUAAAAAGUUUACAAUUAUUAAAUAAUGAGGAUAGAGAGGAUUUUGAAAUAGUGUAUAAAUUACACAGUAGUGUUAGUGGUUGUUUAUUAAUUUGUAAAAAUAAAUUUAUUAAAAAGCAUUUAUAUAAAAAUGUAUUUAUAAGUUUAGUUUAUGGAAAAGUAAAAGGAAAAUAUAAUACACAUAAUGAAAUAAAAAUGUAUUUAAAAUAUAUUCCAAAUUCAAAUAUUAUGAUACCAGUAUCUGAAAGUAGUAAUAAUAUAAACAAUUUACAAAUGCUAACUUAUGAAGUAAUUAGUAAUACAAUUUUAUUAAAUAAACAAAAUUAUAGUUUAUUAAAAAUAUAUAUAAAUGCAAAUAAUUCAAAAUAUAUAAAACCUUUAUUAUUUUAUUCUUUAAAUACAUGUAUAGUUGGUGAUAAUGAAUAUAUAAAUAUCCAAAAAAAGCUAAAAUUAAAUUCUAAUUUUGUUUAUGAUUUGGUUGAAAAACAAAAUAAAAAUAAUAAUCUUGCAUAUGAAAAAAAAAUGUUAUUAAAAAUUUUACAUAAAUAUAAUAAAGAAUUAAAACUACACCUUUACUGUUUUAAUGUCACUUUUGAAUCACACUGUAAUAAAUUUAUUUCAAUAUUUUGUAAACUUCCUAAACAUAUAAAAGACACAUUAAAUUUAUUUGGUGCUUCCAGUUUGAUUAAACUAAUUGAUGGAGAGACGGAAAAUAAACAAAAUUUGGGUCUCGUAAAUGAGACAGUACCCAAGCCAAGUAUAACAAGAGAAGAAAAUGUAAAAAAUAAAAUUAUUCAGACUUCCAAAGAUGGUAGCAUAGAUGAAAACAAUAAAUUUUACGACGCCAUGAAGGAUCAGAAUAGAUUGGAUGAGGAGAAUGAAGAAUUGCUAAAAGAAAUAUAUAGCAAAAAUGAUAUUAAUAAGAGAGGUCGAAAAAAACAAAGAAGAGGAGUAUUGGCAAAAAACCCUAAUAAAUUAACCGCGUUUGAUGCACCAAUUUAUUUCACUGAUACUCAAUAA